GCUGCUGCUGUAGUGGUGUGUGUGUGUAUGUGUGUGUUUGCAUGUGUGUCUGCCGCCUCUCACACAGUUUGGCUGUGGUCGGCCCGAGCAGACAGCAGAGCCUGACGUCUGGAGAGAGGAAAACACAGCAGCCAGGUAACGUUAGCUCAGCCCGGGGCAUGAAAGAUGGAGCUGUCGGCGGUGGGAGAUCGCGUUUUCGCCGCGGAAGCCAUACUGAAACGCCGCGUCCGUAAGGGGAGACUUGAAUACCUGGUAAAAUGGAAAGGAUGGGCAAUGAAGCACAGCACUUGGGAGCCAGAGGAGAAUAUUCUGGACGACAGGCUGAUACUGGGCUUCGAGCGAAAAGAGCGGGAAAGGGAAAUGCACGGGCCGAAGAAAAGGGGACCAAAACCCAAAAACUUUGUCAUGAAGGCUCAGAAAGGAGGGACCAGCAGCCGAGCCUCAAGCACCCGCCAGACUACAUCUCGCUCCUCUUCGUCCACCUCCAGUCGAGCAGCUCCCUCCUCCUCAGCCUCACCUCAUUUAGCGUCUUCGUCCUCCUCAGCUGUGGCUCCCUCUCCCAAACUCAAUUCCCUCGCCGCCACCCACAAGCUGAAGAAAGACAUUCACCGUUGCCACCGGAUGUCCAGGCGUCCUCUGCCCCGCUCCGACCCCAUGGCGGCCUCCUUCUCCAACCCCGGCGGCUUCCCCUCCCGUGUGCACGUCUCCCCCUUCUCCGAGACCGUCCGCAUCCUCAACCGUAGAGUCAAACCCCGGGAGGUGAAGAGAGGUCGUAUCAUCCUCAACCUUAAGGUCAUCGACAAGCCAGGCCGGGGCGGCUCAGCUGCAGGCAGCAGGAAUAUCACGCAAGGACGCCAGAACAUCCCUUCCCGCAAUCGCAUCAUCGGGAAGAAGGGAGAGGCGCCCUAUAGACCUUUCCAGCCCCCUCUGAAGAUGCUGGGGUUCCCGAUGUACGGAAAGCCGUUUGGGCUGCAGUGUGGAGGCCCCGUGUCCUUUCACUCCCACCCGGGCUCCAGCACAGGGGCCAGGAUCACCCACUCUACUUCCUCCCAGUACCAGUCACCUCCUUCUCCUUCCAGCUCCAGCGGCUCUGAAGGAAAAUCAAGCACCUCGGCUGCUCAGCCCCAGUCCGCCACAGGAGCCUCACCUUCCAGCGAGGGCCCCAAGUCCAGUAAACCUCACACAGAGACUCAGAAGGGCCAGAGCGCAAAGCCCCCUGCCCCGUCCUCAGAUAUGGCGUCUCCUUUUCUCCCCGCCUCGCCAUCAUCCUCCCUGGAAGAUGAGGAGGAGGACCGUUCAGAGGGAGGCAGGAAAAGUCCUCGCAGGGCUAAACGCCAGCCGCCAGCCACCUCUGGGGACCAAAGCUCCGCCCCCGCCGAACCCCAAAGGGUGCCUGCCGAAGGAGACCCAGACUGGCACCCUGAAAUGGCACCGAGCUGCAAGGACGUGGUGGUCACCGACGUCACCACCAACCUCGUCACCGUCACCAUAAAAGAGUUCCCCUCCCCGGCCUCCUGCCCCGCGUCGCCCUCUGCCAGCCCUGAAAACGCCUCCUCCCCUCCCCCCGCUGACGACCCCUCUCCACCCAAGCAGCAACAAGCAUCGAUUUCCACAGUCAUAAUGAAGUUCGUGGUGGUGCUGGUGGGAGCGGGCACCCUGGCCUUCCUCGGCGCGGUCAUCUGCAUCAUCGCCAGUGUUUACCCCCGGAAACGCGCCGCGCCUCUCAGCGACAACGGCACCUUAACAUCGGAGCCUCUUCUGGAGCCUCUGGAGCCCGGGUCGGUGGCGCACGCCGGGCCUCUGGGAGCUCUGCACGGCGCCGAGUCCUACGACGGGGAGAACGGGCUCGGUGGGAUCGGCCUGGAGGUCCCGACUCUGAACGAGCUCAACCUCGGGGAGGGAGACCGGAGAGGCGAGGGGAACAGCAGCGGGAGCAGCAGCAGCAGCAGCAGCAGCAGCAGCGGGCGACGACCGCUGUACGCAGCCGGGGAUGAAGACUGGACUUACCUCCGGACCACCGCGGAGGAGCUCCGGCAGACGGUCCUGCAGCAAAACGACCAGAUCCUCAUGGACCAGAGGACCAUCCGGGAGCUCACGGGGAAGCUGAGCGAGUGUGAGAGUGGCCUGGAGGACGAGAGGAACGUCCCGGAGCGGAGCAUUGGGGUCUGGAGCGGCAACCGACGCAUCAUGGCCGGGGACGAUGUGAGUUCUUCGGCCGCGGCACAGCUGCAGACGGCGCGGGCUGUGGAGGAGCUGGCCAGGGCCAUCAUGGACCUGAAGGACCGUAUCGAGAAACUGGAGGCGGAGAUCGGCCCUGCUGCCUUGAACCUCACGGACACGUCUGUGGGUACAAGCAGCAGCAGCAGCAGUAACAGCGGCAGCAGCACUCCGACUGGUAACACCGGUAAAGCUCCAUCUCCACCCACCGGCAGUGCUUCCGCCCCACCUGCCGCAGCUUCCCCUGGUGGUCGUCGCCCCGCCUCCCCUGCUUCCCCUGCCCCCAAGCCCCCAUCCAAGGCCUCCCCUGGGCGUGGAAAGGGCACCUGGAGGGUGGAGGACCUGGAGGGGGAGCUGGAGAGGAAGAUCAAGCUGCUGGAGAAGGAGCGCCAGGCCAUGAGGAAGGAGACGCAGGGCCAACACCAGAAGAUCAACCAGGGCAUCGACAACGUCAACCACCGUGUUACUGAGCUGGAACACACGCUGACGGAGCCGUCGUUCCCUGAUGGCUUCGUCCUCUCCUUCCCCAUGCGGACCAACUACAUGUAUGGCCUGGUGAGAAAAGAGAUCACAGAGAUGUACGCCUUCACUGCCUGCGUGUGGCUGAAGGCCAAAGAAGGAGGCAUUGGGACCCCCUUCUCUUACUCCGUCCCAGGUCAGCCCAACGAGCUGGUGCUGCUACAGGGAGUCCACAACCCGGUGGAGCUGCUCAUCAAUGACAAGGUGGCGCAGCUGCCUCUGUCCCUACCACAGGAUGAAUGGCAGCACAUCUGUGUCAGCUGGACACUGAGGGACGGCGUGUGGAAGGCCUACCAGGGGGGGAAGAUGAAGGGGAGGGGAGAGGGGCUGGCUGCCUGGCAUCCCAUCAAACCAGGAGGAGUCCUCAUACUGGGACAGGAACAGGAUACAUUGGGUGGUCAUUUUGAUGCCUCCCAGGCCCUGGUCGGGGAGCUUUCCCAGUUCAACCUGUGGGAUCGGGUGUUGAAGCCAGCAGAGGUUGCCGCCCUUGCUGAGUGCAGCUCCCCAGCGCUGGGCAACAUCGCCCCUUGGACCGACCACGACGUAGAUGUGUAUGGUGGCGCUACCAAGGAGUCCCUGGACCCGUGCCAUGCUGCCCAGAGAACCAACCCCUCCAGCCCCAAACAGUGAGGGGUGACUGGGAGAGGUCAGCCAAAGGGUGGCUGUGGUGUUUGAUAGGUCAGUUUAGGAGACAAUGAUGUAUAACAAUGUAUCACAUUGGGGUUUCCAGUAUAUUUGUCGGGGAUGGGAUGCUUGCUGGUGGACUGAAAUGUGAGAUGGAGCGAUUAAGAUGUUGAGAGCGGUGUAUCUGUAUUGUUUUCAGUGUUGGUGUCCACGCUCAUGUGUUUACUUCUGCAGUGAGAUACAGUAAGUUUAGUCACAGAAUCACCUUAGUGAAGGCUUCAUAGGCGAAUCAACCUCUGGCAUGAA